AUGGCGCGCAUACCGACCCGCGAGCUGUCCUGCUACCUGUUCAACGGCCAGCUCUCCCGCCAAGGCUGUCUGGCCUCGACCCGACGGCCAUACACUCGCCUGCCGGCCCGUUCCGCCCUGGCCCUCCCAUACGCUCUCAGGGUUGGGGAGUCGAGGGCGACGCAUGCGACCGCUCAAACCGCGACGGCAAAGUCGCAAGAGGGACCCGUGGUUCCUCUUAGGAAGAAGCUCAAGGAGGAGAAGAAACAGCUAAAAAAGGAAGCAAGAGGUCAAAAGCCCAAGGGGAGCAACCAGACAGUCGAGGGCUGGGAGCUGACGGUCGGCAUUGAGAUCCACGCGCAGCUUAACACGGCACGGAAGCUCUUCUCCCCAGCCGCGACGUCCUUCAAUGACGAUCCAAACUCCCAUGUGGCGCUCUUUGACGUUGCCAUGCCAGGCAGUCAGCCGAGGUUCCAGAAGGAGACGCUCAUCCCGGCGCUGCGUGCGGCGUGCGCUCUGAAUUGCGACAUUCAGCCCGUCAGCCGGUUCGACAGGAAACACUACUUUUGGUGGGACCAGCCGUCGGGCUACCAGAUCACGCAGUACUACGAGCCCUUUGCCCGCAACGGCGAGAUCGAGCUCACCGCCCGGGAUGGCAUCGCCGCCGAAGACGGGGAGAGCGUCACCAUCGGCAUCCAGCAGAUCCAGAUGGAGCAGGAUACCGCCAAGACGCUGGCGCAGCCCAACGACGUCUCCUGGCUCGACUUCAACCGCGUCGGCAUGCCCCUCAUUGAAAUCAUCACAAGGCCGGAGCUCCACCACCCGCGUACCGCCGCCGUGUUCGUGCGCAAGAUCCAGAUGCUGCUCAACGCCGUUGAUGCCUGCGUGUCGGGGAUGGAGACGGGCGGUCUACGUGCCGAUGUGAACGUCUCGGUGCGCAGGACGGGCGAUCCGAACACCCCGCUCGGUACGCGGACGGAGAUCAAGAACCUGAGCACCAUCAAGGCCGUCGAAGACGCCAUCAUCGCCGAGCGUGACCGGCAGAUCAAGGCGCUCGACGCGGGUGAGACCAUUGCCAGUGAGACAAGAGGUUGGACUCUAGGCUCCAAGCACACGCGCCGUCUGCGUGGUAAGGAAGGCGAGGUAGACUACCGCUACAUGCCCGACCCCGAUCUGGGUCCUCUCGUGAUCGGUCAGGACCUCGUGGACCACAUCAGGAGCUCCGUCAAGGAGCUGCCAGACGUUGAGUUGACGGAGCUGAUUGAUGACUACGGCUUGACGGCCAAGGAUGCAGUCUCCCUCAUGUCCCUCGAUAAUGGCGGUAGGCUGGAGUUCUUUUACAAGGUCGUUGACGAGCUGGGGGUCCAGCUGAAGAAUGCGGGCCUAGAGACCGACCUGCAUGGCCACGCAUCUCUCGUUGGCAACUGGAUCCUCCACGAGCUUGGUCGGCUGACGACAGAUAAGGCGGAUCCGGAAGCCGCCCAGCGAACGUUGGACAUCGCCCAAGACGGCUCAUGCGAAGCGGUACCGCAUACUGCGCUGGCCCGAAUCCUUUACCACCUCCAGAGGCGGGAAAUCACAGGCAAGGUUGCCAAAGAGCUUUUGGUGGCCCAAUACCUAGGCAACCUGGACGAAUUCGAUUCCGUUACGGACGCCAUCAAGACCCACGAGUUGUGGUUCAAGGAGAUGUCGGGCGAAGAGUACCGGCAGCUGGCGGAGAGUGCUGUCGAGGGGGAGGAUAAGGUCCUGAAGGAGUUUAGGGAGAAGAAGAAUUAUCCGCAGGGCAAGCUCAUGUACCUCGUCGGCAAGAUGAUGCGCAUCGGCGAGACGGAGCGGAUCGAUCCUUCCGGUGCCGAAAAGGUCAUGCGUCAACUCAUCAGGGAGCGGACAGGCGCGCAUCAGGACUGA